AGCAGAGAGGAAUACGGGAAUCGUCCAGUGCAAUCUCUAUUGUUUGAAACUAACUUUAUAUCAGAAAUUGAAGAUGAAAACGGUAAAGACAUGGGCAAAGUUCAGUAACUACCCACUCUAACAUCUUACUGAUAUCCUAAGGAUUUUUACAAAAAUGCUUAUUUUUAAACUGAGAAAAUGACUACAGUUAUAGAAGAAAGUGCAGGUUGUUGGAAAAGAGUGCCUGUCAAAAAGUGGAGCAUCCAAUAAUUAGCUUGGAAGUAAGAUAAAAUUAAUAUACCUGUUAUGGUGCGAUUCUGGAGUGGAGUUAACUCUAUAGCACAUAGGUAGCCCUCCAAGGAAAAACAAACUUUCAUUUUUUUCUAAAUUAUGGAAAUUUUGUGGAAGACGUUGACCUGGAUUUUGAGCCUAGUCAUGGCUUCAUCGGAAUUUCACAGUGACAACAGGCUUUCAUAUAGUUCUCAAGAGGAAUUCCUGUCAUACCUUGAACACUACCAACUAACAAUCCCAAUAAGGGUUGAUCAAAAUGGAGCCUUCCUCAGCUUUACUGUGAAAAAUGCUAAACCCUCAAGGAGGAGGAGGAGUACAGACUCUUAUGACCAAGAACUGGCAGCAUCUAAAUUAUUUUUUAAACUUUCUGCCUAUGGCAAGCACUUUCAUUUAAACCUGACUCUCAACACAGAUUUGGUGUCCAAACACUUUACAGUAGAAUACUGGGGGAAAGAUGGACCUCAAUGGAAACAUGAUUUUUUAGACCACUGUCAUUACACAGGAUAUUUGCAAGACCAGCAUAGUACAACUAAAGUGGCCUUAAGCAACUGCAAUGGUCUGCAUGGUGUUAUUGCUACAGAAGAUGAAGAGUAUUUUAUUGAGCCUUUAAGGAAUAUAACUGAAAAUUCCAAUAAUUUUAGUUAUGAAAAUGGUCAUCCUCAUGUUAUUUACAAAAAGUCUACCAUGUACCAACGACAUCUCUAUGAUCACACUCACUGUGGUGUCUCAGAAGACCUCACAAGAAGGAGUAAACCUGGGUGGAUGAGUGAUACAUCUGCUUUUCCAACUUCACUUCCAAAUAAUGACACGUUAAGUAGUCACAGUCGACAGAAGAGAUCAGUAAGCAUUGAACGGUUUGUGGAGACGCUGGUAGUAGCAGACAAAAUGAUGGUGGGAUACCAUGGUCGCAAAGACAUUGAGCAUUACAUUUUGAGUGUAAUGAAUAUUGUUGCCAAACUUUAUCGUGAUUCCAGUCUUGGAAACGUUGUGAAUAUUAUAGUGACACGGCUGAUUGUUCUUACUGAAGAUCAGCCAAACUUGGAGAUAAACCACCAUGCAGACAAGUCCCUCGAUAGCUUCUGUAAGUGGCAGAAAUCCAUUCUCUCCCACCAAAGUGAUGGAAACACCAUUCCAGAAAAUGGGAUUGCUCACCAUGAUAAUGCGGUUCUUAUUACUAGAUAUGAUAUCUGCACUUAUAAAAACAAGCCCUGUGGAACAUUGGGCUUGGCCUCUGUGGCUGGAAUGUGCGAGCCUGAAAGGAGCUGCAGCAUUAAUGAAGACAUUGGCCUAGGUUCAGCUUUUACCAUUGCACAUGAGAUUGGUCACAAUUUUGGCAUGAACCAUGAUGGAAUUGGAAAUUCUUGUGGGACCAAAGGUCACGAAGCAGCAAAGCUUAUGGCAGCUCACAUUACAGCAAACACCAACCCCUUUUCUUGGUCAGCCUGUAGCCGGGACUACAUCACCAGCUUUUUAGAUUCGGGCCGUGGUACUUGCCUUGAUAAUGAGCCUCCCAAGCGUGACUUUCUUUAUCCAGCUGUGGCCCCAGGUCAGGUGUACGAUGCUGAUGAACAGUGUCGCUUCCAGUAUGGAGCAACAUCCCGCCAAUGUAAAUAUGGGGAAGUGUGUAGAGAGCUCUGGUGCCUCAGCAAGAGUAACCGCUGUGUUACCAACAGCAUUCCAGCAGCUGAGGGUACUCUCUGCCAGACAGGGAGCAUUGAGAAAGGGUGGUGUUAUCAGGGAGAGUGCGUACCUUUUGGCACUUGGCCCCAGAGCAUAGAUGGGGGUUGGGGUCCGUGGUCAAUAUGGGGAGAGUGCAGCAGGACCUGCGGGGGAGGAGUCUCCUCAUCCAUAAGACACUGUGACAGUCCAGCACCUUCAGGUGGAGGAAAAUACUGUCUUGGAGAAAGGAAACGUUAUCGCUCCUGUAAUACAGAUCCGUGUCCUUCAGGGUCCCGUGAUUUUCGAGAAAAACAAUGUGCAGACUUUGACAAUAUGCCUUUCCGUGGAAAAUAUUAUAACUGGAAACCCUACACUGGAGGUGGGGUUAAACCAUGUGCAUUAAACUGUUUGGCUGAAGGUUACAACUUUUACACUGAACGUGCCCCUGCAGUAAUAGAUGGAACUCAAUGCAAUGUUGAUUCACUGGAUAUCUGCAUCAAUGGAGAAUGCAAGCAUGUAGGUUGUGAUAAUAUUUUGGGUUCUGAUGCUAAGGAGGAUAGAUGUCGUGUAUGUGGAGGAGAUGGGAGCACAUGUGAAGCCAUUGAAGGUUUCUUCAAUGAUUCAUUGCCCAGAGGAGGGUACAUGGAAGUUGUUCAAAUCCCAAGAGGCUCAGUUCAUAUUGAAAUAAAAGAAGUAGCAAUGUCAAAGAACUACAUUGCUUUAAAAUCUGAAGAGGAUGACUACUAUAUUAAUGGUGCCUGGACUAUUGACUGGCCUAGAAAGUUUGAUGUUGCUGGGACAGCUUUCCAUUACAAGAGACCAACAGAUGAACCUGAAUCUUUGGAGGCUUUAGGCCCCACUUCAGAAAAUCUGAUAGUCAUGAUUUUACUACAGGAACAGAAUUUGGGGCUAAGGUAUAAAUUUAAUGUUCCCAUCUCUCGCACUGGAAGUGGAGACAAUGAAGUUGGCUUUGCAUGGAAUCACCUGCCCUGGUCAGAAUGUUCUGCCACGUGUGCUGGAGGUACACAGAAACAAGAGGCAGUGUGUAAAAGGCUGGAUGACAACUCCAUUGUACAGAACAAUUACUGUGACCCUGAGAGUAAGCCACCAGAAAACCAAAGAACCUGCAACACUGAGCCUUGCCCACCUGAAUGGUUUAUAGGAGAUUGGUCAGAAUGUAGUAAGACCUGUGAUGGUGGAAUGCGUUCACGGACUGUUCUCUGUAUCAGAAAGAUUGGACCUUCUGAGGAGGAGACACUGGACAGUGCCAACUGUUUAACACAUAGGCCUAUUGAAAAAGAACCCUGUAACAAUCAGUCUUGUCCACCUCAGUGGGUUGCUUUGGACUGGUCAGAAUGCACUCCAAAAUGCGGUCCAGGAUUCAAGCAUCGAAUUGUUCUGUGCAAAAGCAGUGACCUUUCAAAAACAUUUUCAGCUGCACAAUGCCAAGAGGAAAGCAAGCCUCCAGUCCGCAUCCGUUGUAGUUUAGGCCGAUGUCCACCUCCUCGUUGGGUUACUGGAGACUGGGGACAGUGUUCUGCACAAUGUGGGUUAGGACAACAAAUGCGAACGGUGCAGUGCCUCUCAUACACUGGACAAGCAUCGAGUGAGUGUCCAGAAACUCUUCGACCUCCAUCAAUGCAACAGUGUGAAAGCAAAUGCGACAGUACUCCCAUUUCCAACACGGAAGAGUGCAAAGAUGUGAACAAAGUGGCUUAUUGCCCACUGGUGCUGAAGUUCAAGUUCUGCAGCCGAGCAUACUUCAGACAGAUGUGCUGUAAGACCUGCCAAGGACACUGACCCACAGAAAGUGAGAGAGAGAGUGCCUUGUUAUAUCAUUGUGGAAAUGUGUCCAUCAAAGAAAGCCACACAGUGGAAUGAGAUUGACGUCCUUGCAAAUGCAUUACCCUGUGGAAAACGUAACCACUGGUCAGCCCCAGCUGACAGGAUUUCAAUGUUAUUUUAACUUCUGUGAAGUGGGAUUUAUUCAUCCAAAGUGCUGGACACAGUAUAAGGAGGGCAUGCCAAAUUGGAAAGAUCCACACAACACAUCUAGAAUAGCUUACUGUGGAACAUUUGUGUUCUUUUGACUAAAUCCAGUAGUCUGUUUACCUCCUUGGACCAUUAAAAUAAUUUUUAUUAUGGACUUAGCAAUGACACUGAAUCCAUUUGUAUUUAAAACUGUUCAAAAUGUAGCUGUUAUGACUUGGUCUACUAUGGAAGUAAUGAAGAAUCAAAAAUCUUAAGACAUAGCUUAAAAUUUUUAUCUAUUUUAUCUCACUACACAGCACCAAAACUUAAAUUAUAAAAUGAGCUUAGAAAUGUUAUUUAAGGAGCAAUUAUAAAUCAGAAGUAAAGAAAAUUGUAUUUUUCUUUCAUUACAGCUAAUUCCCUUAGGAAUAAUCCAUAUUUCCUGAACGCUGCUGUGAGCCAUAAAUAAAGCUAUACUAAACAGAACAACCAUGAGGGACUUAGUUUUAAGAGGUGCAACAGUUAUUGCAAUGGUGCAUGACAUACAAGUGUGCUAUGAAAUGAAAUCCAUGCUACAGGUUUAUAGCCAUCUUGCCAUUGUACAAGUGAAGCUGAGAUUUCCACUAAAAGGGAAAAACAUUUCAAUACAAUGGUGAAGCCAGACUCCAAUAGGGUGAAGAACAUAUUGCCAAGUACUUCACUACCACUGCACAGGGUGCCUAAGGUUCACAUUUUCACUCCAGUUCACUAUUGUUUACAUCACUAGCCAUAAAGAGGCAUCAGUUUUACUGAUAUCUAGUUGUGUUUUACACAUUGCUUUUUACUCACUAUCACCAAGAAGUUCCAGUGCAAAAGAUAAACCUACUAUAUAAUAAUAAGGCAGACCCUCUGCAAACUUUGCUGACAGUUGCAAUGAGUUCCAGAUGUUUCUUCAUUUGAUACAAUAGAAGGGCAUUUAUUUGUGAGAAAGAUCAUGUGAAUGCACAGUUUUGGAGACUAUAGCAGAGGGGGGAAGGAUUACAACCAAAGAAUAAAAGAUUUAUAAGCUCUUUUAGGUUAUAUUAUCAUAGUUUUAAUAUUCACCAAAUACUUUUUAUCAAUACUUUGAAUUUAAUUUAAAUGUGAAACGGAACUACUUGGGCAAGUCAUUUCCAAAAUCUAGUGUGAGUAAAUCUUAAAGUUAGGCUCCUUCUCCCCAUCACCUCUUGAUAAGAGACUCAACAAGGAGAUAAGGAAAGUGGAUACUUGUUUAUAUUAAUAUAUUGUACUUGAACACUUGCAGUUUGCAGCAGGUACUUGAUGUAUGUGCUUUUGUGUCCAGCUAUGCCUCCUUUGUUGUAGUGCAAUUAAAAUUAUGUGAAAAAAUCUUGUGUUAACACUAAAAUUGAAAUGGCACUUUUAAAAGAAGUACUUUUUCCGUGAAAUGAAUAAUUUGAAAAAAAAUCACAUGAUAUCUCUGUGUGUCAGUGUAUUUAACAAAUAAUAAGCCAAAUGUGUUGCACACUAUGUACUAAUGUGAAUUAAGAAGAAAAAACAGAUAUUCUUAACAGGAUUUUGUACUAUGAAAAGCAAACAGAAUUGACAAUCUAUAUAUGGAAUUUUGUGUUGCCCGCUUAUUCACAACCAUCAAAUUCCUGUCGUCUGCUACCUCUUGCCAGUAUUUUCACUUCCAUAUACCUGUGACCAGUGGAAUUAAUUUUCAGUUGGCUUGGUAUGGCUCAUACUGGGCCAUCUGUUGUUUUCAGUCCCAUGUACACAGCUCCCACUGAUACUGGCUCCAAGAAAAUAAAAUAAAACUUAAAAAAGUGCCAGGAGUUGUACACAUGCAGUGCUUGUAUAUGUGAUGGGGUUUUAGUCCUCAGGGUUGCAUUCUAUGCCCCCUAAAUUGAAAUGGUGAGUUUUUAAU